CAGCUCCCGAGCUUUCGCAGCCGGCGGGUCCGCCGCCUGCGCGCGUCAAGCUCUUCAGCCCCCCCGGGAGACCCUCGUGAGAACAAGACGGGAGAGCGCGGCUGUCUCCAAGAGUUCCACUUCGGUGCUGCUAGUUUUCCAGAGCAUUUUCAACUCUUUUGGGGAGAAACUGAUUUUUGUUGUCUCAGCCUUCUGACUUCUUUCUUUUUCUCAUCCCUUGGGACAUCUUCGGUCACAUCCCACACAUCAGUCUUCGCCCUUCACCAAGGUUUUGGUGUCUGUGGCUGAGGCCGUGAGAGGAGGCCACGGUCCCCACUGUCCCCAGUGCCAGGAGCCAAGCCUGGGUGCUGAGGUCACGAUGUCCACCAAGGUGCCCAUCUACCUGAAGCGUGGCAGCCGCAAGGGCAAGAAGGAGAAGCUGAGGGACCUGCUGUCGUCGGACAUGAUCAGCCCGCCGCUGGGGGACUUCCGCCACACCAUCCAUAUUGGCAGCGGCGGGGGCAGCGACAUGUUCGGCGACAUCUCCUUCCUGCAGGGCAAGUUCCACCUCCUGCCAGGGACUGCAGUCGAGGGACCUGAGGAGGAUGGCGCCUUCGACCUCCCCUUCCAGUUCACCCGCACCACCACGCUGUGCGGGCGGGAGCUCCCCGAGGGGCCAUCCCCUCUGCUCAAGAAUGCCAUCUCCCUCCCUGUCAUCGGUGGGCCCCAGGCCCUCACCUUGCCCACAAGCCAGGCCCCACCCAAACCCCCUCGCCUGCACCUGGAGACCCCGCAGCCUUCCCCACAGCCUUCCCUGCAGGAGGCAGGCAACGUGGACAUCUGGAGAAUUCCAGAGGCUGACUCUGCCCACAAUGGGCUGACCCCUGAGUCAGGGGCCGAGGAGCCCUUCCUGUCCCAUGCCAGCUCCCUGCUCUCCCUGCACGUGGACCUGGGGCCUUCCAUCCUGGAUGACGUCCUCCAGAUCAUGGACCAGGACCUGGGCCACAUGCAGAUCCCCACGUAGGACCAAGGUUGGCCAGGCCGGGUGCUCAGGAUGGAGUGAAUGCUGGGAGGCAGGGGGCAAUGCAGCCCGGGCCUAGAAGUCAGGAUUCCCAAGGUCCCACUGUGUGGUCGCUGGCCAGUGAUUUCUUUCUCUGAGCCUUUGUUUCCCUCCCUCCCAGGCUCUUCCUAGGGGCAGAGUGUGCCUCAUUGCUUUCCCCUAAAACACACUAAGGACACCUGCAGAAGUCAGCCCAAAGGGCCCUGAGCAUCUUGGGCCAGCUGGACCCCCACCGCCGACUGCUCCUCCUUCCCUCACCUCCCUUGGAUGAAGGCUCUGCCAAGACGGACUCCCCUUUCCACCUGCCUUCUGUCUCAGCCCCGGGGGAUGCCGUGAUUGGGGGCGGGACAGGGUGGGGGGAGGCACAGCAUAGCCAGCCAGACCUUCGGCUCCAUGUCCUGGACUGGAAACAUGGCAUCGAUGACCGAAUGUCCCUCA